AUGGAUCUUUCCAUUGGAUGGUUUGGUGUUUUGAUGAUCCCUACCUUAUUGACCGUACCUUCUGUAUUUAUUAUCGCCUUCAUUGCUGCUCCUCCAGUGGAUAUUGAUGGUAUUCGUGAACCUGUUUCUGGAUCUCUACUUUAUGGAAACAAUAUUAUUUCAGGUGCCAUUAUUCCUACUUCUGCAGCUAUAGGUUUGCAUUUUUACCCAAUAUGGGAAGCAGCAUCCGUUGAUGAAUGGUUAUACAAUGGUGGUCCUUAUGAACUAAUUGUUCUACACUUCUUACUUGGUGUAUCUUGUUACAUGGGUCGUGAGUGGGAGCUUAGUUUCUAUCUGGGUAUGCGACCUUGGAUUGUUGUUGCAUAUUCAGCUCCUGUUGCAGCUGCGACUGCUGUUUUCUUGAUCUACCCAAUUGGUCAAGGAAGCAUUUCUGAUGGUAUGCCUCUAGGAAUUUCUAGUACUUUCAACUUCACAUGCUAG